UUUAUAUAAUAUUAUUAUUAUUGUCUUUUCAAUAUUACUAUUUAUAAAAUUAAUUUACUCAAAAUAAUUAAAGUAUCAUUGUUUUUAAAACUACCCAGAAUAAUAAUCUUAAUUAAAGACUGAAUAAUGACUUAUUAAUGUUUUUAGUAAAAUUAAAUAUUUAGAACGUUGAAAUGGGGUUAAUACAGUUAUUAAUAGUGUAUAUAUUUCUACUACCAUUUUUAAUCUGUAACAGUAUGAAAGACAAUGUGUUCACAAAUUUGAAUCAUACGGCUCAAUUAGUUGCUCGAUUUUCUCAACAUCAAAUACAUGGCAUCGUCAUAUUUUCUCAACAUUCAUCCAUUGAAGAUAUUAUUUUAAUAUCUAUAUCAUUAAGUAAUUUGGAAGAAUCCUCAAACUGGUCAUGGGAAAUCAGAGAAUUACCUGUUGACUAUACAAUUUUAUAUGAUAGAUGUUCUGAUACAAAUUUAGGAAAUAAAAUUUUAGAUUUUGAUAAUUCAUUUGGCAAAUUAACAAUUGAAAAUAAUACAAAAAUACAAUUUUCAAUAUCUAAAUCCAUUUUGAACCUUAUAGGACAGCAAGGAAUUUGGCAUAGGUCUUUGUUACUUAAAAAUAAUGGAAAAACUAUUUGCUCUACUAUUACGACAGUUGAAGAUUCAGAGCUUAAAGUAGCUCAAGCUAAGUUCCUAAAUAGGUUUUUUGGAAGCAUUUAUAUAAUUUGGGUUGGAAUGUCAGAAAGUUUAAUGGAUGCCAUUAUUUAUGUUAACUUAGAAGAUAGAAAAAGUUUAAAACGUGAGGUAACUUAUCAUAACUGGAAAAUUUUUUCAACUGAUAUUCUUGAAACUCAUUCAGAUAAAUCAAGGCAUAACUGCGAUGCUCUGCAAAUUGUUUAUGAUCCAGAUUCAAAUGGCCUUGGUGAUUUGGGUAAUCGUAUAGGUUCACUAAACAUUGGGAAAAAAAGUUUAUUUAGGGAUCCCAAACUGUCGACAUUUGAUAUUGAGUAUGAGAGUAGAGCAUUAUACAUAGUCAUUUUUGACAGUGAUCGUAGUGAUGAUGUAUUGGAUUGUGCACAAAUUAAUUUAAAAAAAUCGAUCACACUAAAAGGACUAAUAAAUGAAACUGAUGUUAAAGUUGAAUUAAUUCUUUGGCAAAAAUCUCCAUUUGAAGCAACAAAUGUUAAGAAUAAUAUUGAAACUAAUCAAACUACUGUCACUUUUAGAUUACAUGAAAUGCCUCCUUUACCAAAAAUGUAUAAAAUGUCAUUAGAACAAAAUAUUGAUUGUUUAGGAAUAGGUAAUAUUUUUAAUCCUAGUAAUAAAGUAUUUCCUGGGCCUAUUGAUAAAAAAACUCAGGAUAAUUAUGCUAUUGGCGACUUGAGUAACAAAUAUAAUUUUGAAAACUACAGCUGGGAUUUAUUUUUACCAUUAUAUGGUACAAACAGUAUUAUUCAUAGAUCCUUAGUUAUAUACAAGAAUAAUACUAUAUGGACUUGUAACACAUUGUUGCCAUUUUCUGGACCUAAAUCUCAAAUCAAAGUACCUUUUUUAACAGCUGAGGUAGUAUUUAGAUAUCCUUUAGUUGGAAAAAUUUUAUUUAGACAGCCUCUUGACAUUGGUGCUACGGAAACUAUUGUAAUAAUUGAAGGCUUAGUUCAUGCAGAUGGUACUACACUUGUGAAUACUAAUCAGCAUAGAUGGUCUAUUAACUCUCAAGCUCCUGAUAAAGAUUUUUAUAGUUGGAAAGAUAGAUGUAAAAGUUCUGGAACAAUAUAUGAUCCUCAUAAGGUUGUGAAAAAUAAUAUGACUUCUCAAUGCAGUAAAUUUCUUAAAUAUUGUAGUGUUGGAGAUAUAUCAUCUCGUUUAGAUAACUUAGCUAUUGCAGGCAAUAAAAAACUAAGCUCAAUAGGUAGACAAAUGUUUGUGGAUGAAUAUUUAUCAUUGUUUGGAUUACAUUCUAUUAUUGGCAAAUCACUUGUCAUAUAUGAUGAUCAUGGGCCACGAGCCCGAGGGGAUCGUUUAGCAUGUUCUAAGAUAGAAAAAGUUUGGCAUAGAAAAGCAGUUGUAAAAGAUUGGUAUAGUAAUUUUGAAAAAAAUUCUAUAACUGGAAAUAUUGAGCUUUUUCAGCUCUCUGAAUAUGAUCCAGUUGAUUUUGAAAUAAACUUACAAGGACUUCAAGGUGCUUACAAUUACUAUGUUUAUUCGAACCCAGUUGAUGGUGGAUUAGAUUUACCAUGUGAAAGUUCAAAUUUACAUGAAGUUUGGGAUCCUUGGGAUAGUAAAUUUUUUAAUCAUUUACGAUAUGGAGACUGGAGUACAAGAUUUGGCUCUAUCCAAGGAGAAAGGACAAUUUCACUUAUUGGUAAUGACAGUCAUACUCAACUUUUUGGCCAAUUGGUGUUUUUAGGUCGAUCUGUUGUUAUUCAUGGUAUACCACCAAAGAAGAGAUUAAUGUGUUCUUCUAUUGAAAGAGGGUACUCUCCUAUAGAAGCUCGAGAAAUUCGAGCAAUGGCAUCAUUUCAUAAUCCAAAUGGAUUUCUAAGAGGUUAUAUUCGAAUGACUCAAUUGAUUUACAAUGAUGGAAGUAAAAGUGAUACAGUUAUAGAAGUUAACUUACAUUAUCCUGGACCUUAUAACAGAAAUAUGACAAAAGGUCACAAAUGGUCUAUAUAUGUAAAUCCAGUUGGUAUAGAUGCUACAGUGAAAGAUUUAGGAACACGUUGUACAGCAGCUGGAUAUAUUUGGAAUCCAUACUACACUCAAUUAGCAGAUCCAUUAAAUAACAAAUUGUAUGAAGAAGAGUGUGGGCCUGAUCAGCCUCUACGAUGCUAUGUAGGAGACAUAUCAGGACGUUUAGGAACUAUAGAUAUAGGAUCAUAUUCAAUGGUUUUUUCUGAUCCAAAUUUACCGUUAGAAGGUGAUAUUUCUGCUAUCGGUAGAUCAAUUGUCAUAUUUUCUAAAAAUGGUUAUGAAAAGUUAGCUUGUGCCAAUAUUGAAUACGAUAAAGAUAUCAUAAAAUAUGUUAAUAUAAGAAGAACCACUAAAUUUGAAACAUCAAAUUUUUUUGAAUCUGUUCGAAACGUUAUGGGUGUUCCUGAUUGGAUGUUAACAGUGGAUAGUAGAAAAACAAAAAUAUUACAUAAUGGAGCAUGUAUUCAGUAUUUAGUUCAUUUUAAAGGAGCUAUUGCUAAUGAAUUAGAAUUCGAUUUUAGCAAACUUCUUAGUACAGGGCAGUUGCAGUCACAAUCAUUAAAAAUACCUGGGUAUUAUCCCAUUAAUAAUAAACUGAAAAUUCCUUACCAAAGUUGUCCAGUAUAUAAUAAAAAGCAAGCUUCAAAUACUUCAUCUGCUAAAAAAAUAAUUAGAAAAGAAAUUUAUGCUUUUUUAAUUUUUAUCAUAAUGUUUUUAAAUAUACAAUAAGAAAUUGUUUUAUGUGAUAAUUUAAUAUUAAGCAUUAAAUAAGUAUAAAAGAGAUAUUUGUUAUUGUUUAUUAAGAAAAAUGUUUUGUUGUAUGUAUGUUUGCUUCUGAAAUAAAUGAAGCCA